UAUUCAGGCAUUAGAUUAUUCAGACAGAUAAGAAUUUGAAGGGGGAGCUUGAUGAGGAGAGGAGGCGUUGUAGGAUGGGUGGAUGUGGCAAUUGAACCAGGGUCUCCGAGGUCGUAGUAUAUGUCGAGCUGCGGGGGCAUGCGCAGCUGGAGGUGGCAGUUCUCCAGGAUGAUGCGUCUGUGCCUGCGCUGGUGCCGGCUGUGCCCUAAGCGAGGGGGUCGACCCAGCAAGCCCCAGAGGAAGCUACGAGAGCUGUGGAGCUACUGGAAGCUGCUGCUCAACUCCCUCUACUUCAACAGCCUUACCAACUCUGACACCUGCCUGGACUGUGUCUUUGAGCCCGUCUACUGGAUAGUCGACAAUGUGACUCGCUGGUUUGGGGUGGUGUUUGUGUGCCUGGUGAUUGCCCUCACCAGCUCUGUGCUGGUCAUUGUCUACCUGUGCCUGCUGCCUGUCAUCCUCAACACCUACCCACUGCAGUGGAUCGUCUGGCACCUCACUUACGGCCACUGGGUCCUCAUGAUGGUCCUCUUCCACUACUAUAAGGCCACCACCACCUCCCCUGGACACCCACCACAGGUUAAAAGUGAUACACCGUCAGUGUCCAUCUGUAAAAAAUGCAUCGUCCCCAAACCAGCCAGAACUCACCACUGCAGCAUCUGCAAUACGUGUAUUCUGAAGAUGGAUCACCACUGUCCCUGGCUCAACAACUGUGUGGGCCACUUCAACCACCGCUACUUUUUCUCCUUCUGCCUGUACAUGACCAUGGGCUGCAUGUACUGCAGCGUUAGCUGCAAAGACAUGUUCAUAGAGGCCUACAACGCUGUCGAGAGCUACUAUCAGACGCCACCGCCACUGUUUUCCUUCAGAGAAAAGAUGGUCCACAAGAGUGUCAUUUUCAUUUGGGUGCUAACAAGUUCGGUGGCAGUAGCUCUGGGAGGUCUGACACUGUGGCAUGCUAUCCUCAUCACCCUAGGAGAAACCAGCGUGGAGAGACACAUCAACAAGAAAGAGGUCAGACGCUUAAAGGAGAAAGGAAAGGUGUUCCGAAAUCCAUACCAUUAUGGGAAAAUAAACAAUUGGAAAGUGUUGUUUGGUGUGGAGGAGACCAGUCACUGGUUGACCAGAGUCCUCCUGCCGUCUAGUCACACUCCCCAUGAAGACGGACUGGUAUGGGAAUUCCCUCAGGCUCUCACCAGAAGAGACCCAAUGACCAUCUAACCUCACUACUCACCGCUGCUGGCCAGUUUCUCAUCUCCACACUAUGGCCCAGAAUCACUACUGGCACCUGGAUGGUGGAGUGAACAGAGGACUUCUUAGCCUCUGAGGAGUAGACCGUUUGGGCUUGAUAGUGACCCGUAUGUCAAGGAACCUCUGGGUGUUAGGGGACCUUAAUCUGCACACUGGUCACUGUCAUGUGAACUGUCGUUUUUCAACUGUCGUCCUGUCUUGUGAACUGAUUUUCUUUUUUUGUACUGGUAGGUAUGUUGUCCAAAGAUGACAAAAUGUGUACUUUUUAAUUGUACUGAGGUCACAGAAAAAGCAGUUUGGACUUUUUCAGUGCCAACAAAGAGCUUUUCACCAAUGACUAGGUUAGAGCUAGAUAACCACACACCUUGGCCAUUCUCCAUCUAGGGGUGAGUAGUCUGGAGACUUUUUGACAGACUUCCAUAAACUAUUCAUAUUAUCGUUCAGGCUCUAGUUAGAACAUGGUGCUCAUAUUACUGAGCAGUGCCCCAGCCAAUAUCCAGGGGUGACGUAAUACUAUGGUCGACCAUGUAAAAACGACACAUUUCAAUGAACCUAUCCGGUGUAUGUGACAAAACAUUUCGGAAUUGUCAAAAGAUUCGUAACGUGCCGUGUGAAGUUAAACACCUGUUAAAGAUUUCAGGCACUAAUGCACAGUUUUACUGGAAUAUGACGUUUCUAACAUUGUCCAUUAAUUAUCUCGCCCACAUCACAUAUGGUAAUGGAUUUCCCCAGUAGCCAUCUUUUAAGAUCACUUAACAUGGUUAAAAGCGCUUGAAUGCAUCAGACUUCCUCCCAACUGGUCUUGUGUUUGGCCACCAUUUAGAUUUAUAAUAGCCAGCCUGUAACAGUAGGAAGGGGCUACCUGGUUGCCAUAGUGAAAAAAUGUCCUCACUGCUGUGACAUGACCAAUAGGAGCUGUGCUCCAUUAUUGUACACCGCAUGUCUGUGUCAUUUGCUUUUGAUAUUAGCUUGUAUUGGUUAAUAUAAAAUAUUGUUUUUGGAGACUGUGAAGCUUCUUUUGAUAUUUCUGUUGAUUUAAAGCACUCGUACAUUUACAAAAAAAGUUUUAUUGACAGCUUAAGUUAGACAUUUUAAAUAUUGUCCACAUCGUCAGCAUAAUUUUGAGGUUCAAAGUUGGCCUAGUGAAAUGUUUAGCCAACCACAUCAAUCAUUGAAUAAUACAUGGGGAUUCGGUCCUCUUUCACACAUUCAUUAACACCCCUCUCCCCAAUAUAAAUUGUUUUCUUCUCUCUGUGCCAAGCUUGUUUCAGUACAGCUCAGUCCUUCCAAGAAGUGGCAGUAGGCUGUCACCCGUAGGUCCAUGCCACCAUGCAGUGGCCAGUCUAACUCCUCUCACGUUUGAUGGUAGAGGCAGUACAACAACAAAAAAGUGUGUCA